AUGUCGUCGACCCGUCGCCGGGACCAUCUGGCCGCAUUCUCCGACUCGGGAGGCUCUUGGCGCCGACAGAUUCUGCCCGACUCGGACAGCGAUUCGGAUUCGGGAUGUGUGCUCGACGAGUACGCGUGGACACCGCCCAGGCACACGCCGCACAUGGUGCACCUCUAUUUCGCCAGCAUCCCCGAGGACAAGGUGCCCGUCACCGGGUCGGCCGGCGAGAAAUGGCGCGAACGCCAGUUGAAAAUCCAACACCCUCCGCAGGACUCGGAUCCUCUAUGCUGUGGCCCGUUGACGCGCGACGAGGUGGACGAGCUCAAGGUUUUCGACGUCAGCCGCAAGCAGAAGGCUUUUGGGCGCGCCGUCGUCGAAAAGACACCAUAUGAUGGGCUGCUGAGGCGUUGUGGAGGGUGCAACGACGCCCCCCUUCAAGAAGGCCAAGUGGCCGUCUACGCCGAGAAGGUCGACCGCUGGUUCCACCCGGCCUGCUUCAACUGCCAAAAAUGUCAGACGUUGCUCGUUGACCUGCUCUACUACGCCCACGGAAAUACCGUCUACUGCGGCCGGCACCACGCCGAGCAGUUCAAGCCCCGCUGCGCCAAGUGCGAUGAGCUCGUCUUCUGUGGGGAGGUGGUCGACGCGGAGAAUCGCAGUUGGCAUCGACACCACUUCACCUGUCAGCAAUGUGAACGGCCGAUCGGUGGAAAUCGUUACGUCGUGCACGGUGGACGCUUCAUGUGCCUGCGCUGCGAAUCAAGAACGCUAGGCCCACCACCGCCAAACCCUGGCUCAUGCUCGACAUGCCGAAAAAUUAUUCGUGAAAACGAACCGCACAUCGCAAAGGGUGAGGACAUCUGGCACGCAAACUCAACCUGCUUCCAAUGUCGGUCAUGCCGCCGUACACUCCUCGGCCGCCCUUUCGAAGUCUUUGAGGAUGGUUGGCUGAUUUGUCAGCAUGGGUGCAGGGAGGAGACGCCGAUCGCCUCGACGAGCCGUUACACACAUGAGAAUGGGCGACAGCGGGGCGGUCGUCGCCGAAGGAGAAGUUUAUCCGACCGCGAUGAGCCUGAACAGCAUCGCCACGUCGAGCAAGCGGCGCUUGCACGCCGACCGCCGCCUCCGAGAACUGCGCCCCCGCCGCCACCAGCUAAUGAGGGAAUUUAUGAAACUGUCCUGGCCGUGCCUACACCAGAAAAAUCUAAACUGAAAAUGCGCCCAGCCAACCUCUACUCAUCUACCCCGAAUCAACUUCGCCGAACAGAUUCCGAGCCCCUCUAUGAUAGGCCCUUAUAUGCAACCUCAUCCGAUUCUUCCGACGACGAGGAUGUCUACUAUGUUCAACAGAUGAUGGCUGCUGCAACCAUAGCUAAAAACACCGAAGUCACCAAGAUCCGCAAGGCCAAACGACGGAAACAAACGCGAUGUAUCAUCAGU